UCAAAUCUCACUCUGGAGAGCCUCUCUCACCAAAUGGGUUGAGCCACACGCCAGCGACCCAAUCGCCUGGCAGUUAUUCCAAUGAGCUGAGUUACAAAACAAAAACUGGUUGAAAGCUGAACAUCUCGCCUUUGGUUAUUGAGAGCUUGUAUGCGUUGUACGGCUGUCAGGAACACCAUCGUUAUGGCUUCAUUGCGGAGUGUUGUGCUAGUUGCAAUGUUCGCAUCGGUGUCGUCCGAACGCUACACGGCUGAAGUAAACAUGGCAACAAUUAAGGGUACAGUGGAGUUUAACACUACUUCCCAACAGAUAACGAUACAUUUGUUGGCGGAUUGCGCCCGAGUGCAUGUUUCUUUACACGGAUUCCCGGUCAUGUACGGUAAUUCCAAGGACCCCUGCGACGAAUCGAACGUAGGUGAGAAGAUUUACGAGUUCACAGCAGACGGUCCGAACUCCACCCUGAUGGACAACCAGCUUUUCCAGCUCAACUCCGAUCUCUCCGACCUGACCCUGGUCAUUGUUGGCUGUCAGAAUGGAAGCAAAGCGUGCGCCACUGUGAGGAAAGAUAUCCCCACCAAAACCUGGCAGGCGAAGUUCUUUACUUCCAUCGCCGGGGAUGUAUACAUUCGUCAGAACGCUGGAGAGAGCCAGGCGAGGGUCCUGUCUAACCUGAUGGCAGUUAAGGACAGCCAGAAGCCAACGAACGUGACUCUCUACCUACACGAUGGGGCAACCAGCUGUCCCCCAGCAGCACAGAUCAGUGGGCAAAACAAGAGUUCAUUAGGCAAGUUCAAAGUUGGCACACCUUUGAAACAUGUCAAAAGUCGCUUUGACCUAGUCUCUUUACCAGAAGGCGGUCCCAAAACAUUGUACAUGUAUGAUGGGGCAGUGUGGUCUUGCACUGAGGUUCACAUGGUAGAAGCGAAGCAGGUUUGGGCUUACAUAGAUAUGAAAGGCGUGAAAGGAACUUUCAGUUUUCGUCAGGUUUCACCCUUCGAUGCCACAUACUACAACGUGUCUCUGGAGAACCUGCGGCAGAUGGCCAGUGCUUACCAUGUACACAACUUCCCACUGCCUCAACGCCGCACUCCAGAUGAUAAUCUUUGUGUUAAUGAUAAUCUGGGAGGGCACUUGAAUCCGUUUGGGAAGAAUUCAUCCAGUCCUUUUUAUCCCCAGAGCACAAAUGAAACCCAUGAUCAAUAUGAAGUAGGGGACUUGAGUGGGAGGCAUGGCUUUCUGAAAGGAAAAGACAUGGUGGAAGACGAUUUUAAGGACUGGAAUCUCCCAUUGUUUGGGAGAAAUAGCAUUAUUGGCCGUUCCGUAAUUAUUCAUCAUCCCAACUCCUCUAGGUGGGUGUGUGGCACAAUUGGUUACCCUGGUGAAGUCCUAACUGCUGCAGCCAUAUUUACGAGCCCAGUGUCAGGAAGAAUCAUUUUUCGACAACUGAAGAGCAACCCCUAUUCAGACUUGUCCAUUUUUAUGGACCUUUCAUAUACCAACUCAUCCGCUCUGACAACAGCUGAUCACUUCUGGUAUAUUAACAAAUAUCCCAUCAGUUCUGAGUCAGAUUUGAGUGCAAAUGUUUGCUCAAGUACCAAGGGGCACUUUAAUCCUUUCAAAGUAGAUGUCGGAAAUAAUUAUAGCAUUGAAUGUAGUCCAGACAGCCCUUUCCGAUGUGAAGUUGGAGACCUUGCUAAGAAACAUAAAGCAAUAAAGCUCACCAACCGAACCAAAGCUGUUGACACCAAGUAUUUCUUUACUGACACCACUUCAUCCCUGGCUGGGCCUUCGAACAUUGUUCCUCGGUCAGUGGUCAUUCUUGGACAAAAUCCUUCAACCGAUUAUGUAGCUUGUGCUAAUGUAACCAUUCUUCGCCCAGUUUCAGUGGUGAUUGAUUCAUGGAAGGGCAUUGGAAAAGCUAUCGGAAAGGUGGCCUUCAAACAGCUUUCAGAUUUAGACCAUACGGUUGUGGAGGUUAAUUUAACAGAUCUGAAUAACAAAGCUGGAACUUACAGCAUCCACACACUUCCCAUCAAAGCUGCCUCUUCCAGCACAGAUGCUUGUUCUGUUACUAAUGUUGAUGGUCGCUAUAACCCAUUCAAUGUGAAUGGACCUUUAACCCCUGCGCCGGGCAAUGGUACAGUUGAUCUGUAUGAAGUUGGUGAUAUCAGUGGGAAAUUUGGAACACUGAAUGGUUUGAACCAAACAACUGAAGAAUAUAUGGACAGGAACAUGCCCUUGUUUGGACCUCAUAGUAUCUUAAACCGUUCCUUGGUUAUUUAUCAAGAAGGUGGAUCACCUUUACAAUGUGCAAAUCUACUUGCUGCGAAGGCGACAGAAGGAGAGUUUAUUCAAGCCAAAGCUGUCUUCAGUGGUUUGGUGACUGGAACCAUUACUCUGUCGCAACAGGUCUUCCCAGAUGGGAGUUCAAGCGACACAACAAUGGAAGUAGCCCUUGAACAAUCCGAUCCAAACGCAGGUGGUAUUGACCAUCUCAUGUGGCACGUUCAUACCUAUCCGCUACAGUCUGCCGGGAAUUGCAGUGGUGUAGGAGGACACUAUAAUCCUUACUACGUAGACAUAAAGGCCAGCUAUAAGUACAGCUGUUCAUUAGCCUAUCCUUUGCACUGUGAGGUGGGAGAUUUAAAUUCUAAACAAGGUCCUAUAAGCCUUGGGAAGAGAUAUUUGAAGACUGAUGUCUAUCUGCCACUAACUGGAGAUUUCACUGUGGUGGGCAGAUCAGUGGUGAUUCACAAUAAUGAUCAUCUUAAAAGCUUGAAGGAUUGUGCUGACAUUGUCGCUGGUUAUCCAGUGAAAUCACUUACUUUUCCAAAUGUGAGCGCAUUCAACAGAUAUGAAUUCCGCAGCACCGUUGCUGAUGCUCUAGGAAUUGCAUUCUGGAGAGUAACUAUUUUACCAGGGGGCCCAUCUGCAGCUCCUGUAAAAGGAUGCCAGCAAAUCACGUUCUACGUGGCAGGAAAUGUUGAUAAGAACAAAAUGGACAAGUUAGAGCAAGAGGAUAAAAUGGGCAAAUUUAAGGCCUCCAAAAAAUGUACAGCAGAUUCCGGUGGUACAACUCCAGGCCUAUUCCUGAAUGCCAAACAGUUUAUAUUCUGGAUAAUGACUCUGAUGUUGCAGCUUGUUCUCUACUCUGUAUUUGAAUAGAAGCAUUACAAAUUGUGUCAGCCAUUUGCUUCAGAAUCUCCAACUGGGUCCAAAACAAAAUUGUGUCACGCAUUUAAAUAAAUCCAGGGGUUUUACUUUUGUUGAUUUCCUUUGAUGGCACCAAAUGGUCCAUUCUUAGAUUUGCACUUUAUUUUUCUAUGAAUCAAUGUGUAUUGCCUUAAAAUUAGGAUCUUUCAAAUGAUAGCAUAUGAAUACUUCACUUCCAGCUUUUUAAAAGAAGUUGGAUAAUGGCUUCAUUAAAACAAGAAAGAAGUAUCAUGAGGUAGAAUUUUGUUCUGGGUCACAUGUGUCAAACACACAGUACAAUUGCAACUGAGAAUUCGACUCUUCUGUUCAUCUGAGUGAAACCAAACUUCUACAGUGAAGUAGUUACUGCUAUAGUUUAGCCCAUGUGGCCAAGGUCAAAUUUCUAUCCUAUGUCACCAUUAUAAGGAUGUGUACACUAAUAUUUAAGAGCGUAAUCUUAAGGCAUCGAAGGUCCAACGUGUCAAAAAAUAAUGAACUCAAAGGAAUGUAUUUUGGUAAAUAUUGUACAAAAUGAUAUAUAAAACAGAUGCUUGAAUAAAAUUUAGGACUAUAUUCAAAUUGUGCAUUAUAUAAAGACAUGGAAACUUAAACUCAUCUUGCAUAGUCUAAAUUAGUAUAUUUACAUCCUAACCUAUGCUGGUAUAAAUAAUAUGCAAUCAAUAUAAUAAAAAUUCAAGGUGAACUUGAAUUGUGCAACAUACAGUUGCAGUGUGAUUUGAGCUGGUAUAUGAGUCUUAUGCAGAGAAUGAUUUAAAAAUAUAGUGUCUACCCUAAUGAGAUAAAUACAGAAACUGCAACCUUCAGUUUAGGAUUAGAUGGUUUGCUUGAAACCCCAUUACAGUUUGUUAAAAUAUACUUUGAAUUUGGCUCUAAUGGUUUCCUCAAUCUAAAGUUCAUUCUGUUUUGAAUCAUAUAGAAGAUUAAAAGAAGAACAUUUAAAUUGUGCUUUUCAAGAUCUUAGGACAUCCAAAAGUGAUUUACAGCCAGUUAAGUACUAUUGAAGCAUAAUCACAGAUGUAAUGUGGACACAACCAGUCUGGUUCCUGUUAUUGACGUUCACCAUAGUAACACUUAUACUGAGAUUGCUUGUCGAAUCAUAGAAAUUGUAGUAUUCAGCCCAUUUUACUCUGCUGGUACUAAGGAGCACCCGCACUAAUCUUCUCCAAGUUUUCCUGUCAUCAUCUUCCUUUUCGCACAUCUGUCCAAUUCUUCAUUGUCACCAUUUCUGCUUCAACAACUACCUACGGCAAAGUAUACCAGCACUGGAACUCUGACUUGGGUUCAUACCCUUAAUUAUUUUACUUACCUGACUUACCUUUGGAACUCUCCACCUGAAAUUAGUGACCCUCGCCCACUAUCCCUCUCCCCACUGAUCCCUUACAGGAUCUCACCCCUGAUUUGAUUAGCCCUGACACUGACUGGCUCUCUCACUGCCCGAUUCAACUAUCAUCAGGGCCCACCACCAUUGACUUCUUUCCAGCCCCACCACCAACCCACAGCAGCCAGUCCUUUCCCUAGUACCCCAACUAAUCCUCUCAUCAAUCCCUUUUCUUACAGGCAUAGCACGUGAAGGAAAAGCCUCCUGAGCUACUGAAAUUCUUGGCAAUGGGGCCUCAGAUUAAACAUUCUGAGAAAAUACUAACUAUGUCCUAAUUUACUGGUUUUUUGCUUUCCCCCUUUCUUCAACAGGUGCAACACUUGGGUCCUUUAGAAAUCUCUAUUUCCAAAUGCUUUUUAAAAGUACAAUUUAGUACCUGUGCUCGCUGCUUCUUGACCUCCUUUAGUAUUCUGGGACAAUUCGACUUUUGGUCCUAUUUGAAUAAUUAUGUCCUGACCAUGUUUGUCCAUGUACUCUUCUGUUACUUCUCCCCCCACCUCCACUUCCCGCAUGUUUAUGAAAAUUUAGGCAAGUUACUUUCAAUUACGAGUGGCUAUUUUUAUUCAGUCUUGGUUAUCCUUUCAUUUUUGAUAUCUGUAAAAGUACCUUCCCUUUAUACUGAUUGCUCUAUUUUAAUAACUCUUAUCAACCUGACUUUUUCAAGACCAAUAUAAUCUUUGCUGACAGAUAUUUAGAAGUUGAUCAUGAGAAAUACUGUCAGCAAGUAUAGUCUGUACAUACUGCCAAUUUUUUUGAUACAGGAUUUGAAUUUUUGAAUCCUGUUAUUUGGAUGCAGGAAGUCUGUUUAUUUGCCAGGAAACCACUGCUUAUAAUAUUCCUAUCCUGUUCAUGCCAAAUUUAUUAGUAUCAGUAAUAAAAUAUUUCCUGGGAUAACUCAUGUAGGAAAUCAGUAAAGCCUGGAGCAACCAUGAAUCAUAAAAAUCAGAUAUAACACCUGAUAAAUACAAGUUACUCCGACAGAUUUCUGUAUAUAUUUACCAAAUUACCUUCGAGUUCAUUGUAGAUUCAUCAUUAUUGUCUCAAUGUUUUCCUUUUAAUUAAAUUUGUUACAUAAACAUUAACACAUGCUACAUUUGAUGAUUGAUACUGUACUAUCCAAAACUAAUUACUUGGGUCAUCAGAUUGUGUGUACAGUCUUGGAAUUUUUUAAAAAUGUAGAUUAGAAUAUUACAGUUUUCUUUGUUGGGAAUUUAAAGUUGAUCAGACCUAAUUAGCCCGUUUGGAUUCGUUUAUCUGUGUAUUGUUAUGUGACUUUCCAGAGAGAUAAUGGAAUAUAAUCUAUAUUGUGAUUAUCUUUGUAUUGGGUUGUUUAGAUGUCAAAUGGCAUAUAAAUAGUUUGGGAAUUUGCGAAGUAAGUUCUGUGAGUGGGUAAGUCAAAAAACAAAAUUAAAUGUGGGUUUUGGACUCAAUCAAGGCUAAUUUUCACUUGAAUUAUUUAAACUGUAAUCCAAUUGAUGGGAUUGUCCACCCACUAAAUAACUUGGUUUAUUCUUAUUGCUGGGUGGGGUGGUGUUAUGGGGGUCUUUAAUAGGCAGCCACUAGUUUACCAUCCAAGACUUGAAGUUGCAAAAUACAAUCACAGAAGGGAGAACAGAUUUAUGAUUAUAGCAGUAAAAUGAAAAAGACUGAAAAAGUUCUUUUAAACAGUUCUGUUUACAUUAAUUUGGGUUGCUUUAUAUUUUCUCAAAUGUUUUGCUUGUUUAAAUGUUGCUUGUUUUGCAUUGUAGAAGUGGUAAGUGCUUUUAAAGUAAUGGCACAAGGGGAAAAAAAUUAUACUGAUGGCAUCUAUGUGAAAACAGUCGUCUGAAAGACAAUUUUUGGUGUAAAAUGUUUUUUUCCCUUUUGAGCAGUUUUAGAAACCUUUUAAAUUUAAUUUUUUGUACUUUUUUUGAUUUUUCUUUGACUCCGCUCAAGAACUUGUUAUUGUAAAAAACAUGACAAAACUUGUGGUUUCUCUCCUCCAUUUUUUUCACCUCUGCUUAAUCUAUUGUCUGAGGCCAUUGUCUUCUUCCAGGGGCUCUGUCACGUGAUCAAUGUGACUGGUUUUCACUCUUGACAGAGGGCUUUGGUAAGCAAGUGGCUAAUGACAAACAUCUCAACCUGCAGAAAAUUUAAUUCUUACUCAAGAUCCACCUUUCCAGGCAGAGUACAAGACAGAUUUUUAAAAAAUCAGUAUGAUUUAUUUCACCUCUCAAAAUGAGAUUGAGCUCAUUUUGUAGGAUCUAAACAACCAACUCAGCUAUGAUCAGAUUACUGUUCACAAUUUGUCCUAUGUGACUUAGUAAUGUGCCAGUCCAUAAUUAAACCGGUUAAGCAAUGAAGAAGGUCACCUAUCAAUUUUUAAUUGUAACCAAAUUUGUUGCUCCUCCCCUACCAAAUCAGAGGCUGUGUCUUCUGGAGUGUGUAACUUUCCUCCUGACUCGCCAAAGCUUUUCCACCCUCUGAAGGUAUGAGUCAAGAACAUAGUAGAGUAUACAUCUAGAACAGCAGCAUCAACCAGUGUUCAGGAAGCUCAACAUCUUCUGCAUCAUGCAUCCUUAUUGACUGGCAAUCCACCCACCACGCUGAAUAUUCAUUUCCUUUUACAACGUACACCCUUUACUAUACGUACUGCAUUGAGUCACCAAGAUGUCUUUACCAGCAGCAUCCCUGCUUGCAACAUCCAACACCUCAAUUGACAAAGGCAGUGAAUAUAUGUAACACUCAUCCCUCCAAGUUACACACUGUACUGAUUUGAACUAGAUCACCUUUCCUUCCUAAUCACUAGUUCUAACCACAUUCGCUAGAAGAGCUGUAGCAGUUCAAGAAUAUAGCUCAUUAUCUUCUCAUUAAUUUGGUUAGUAAAUGCUGGUCUUGCAGGUGAUCCGCACAUUCCAAAACAGAAUAUUUUAUAAACGAAUGCAAGUGGCGCAAACAAUGAAUGAUUUUCAAGUCAAGAACUUCUGAUAGAAAAUUGGUAAUUAAGGUUUAAUCUUAUCCGAUCUUUACUUCACCAUCAUCCUUACAAUAUCAUCAUAAUCGUGAGCCAAUCAUCUUCUUUAGUGGGAACCUUAAUAAUGUAACACUGAUACGCAAAAAGGAAAGAUAUCUACAAUGCUCAUGAACACAUUACUCACAAUAAGUUGUGAAUUUGUGUAUUGAUUGUGCCUUGUCAUGUCUACAUGACUAAACCAACCUAUUUAGUCUUAUAGGAUUGGUGUUGAACUGGAAUUAAACAGUGACUUUCAUUUUUGGAUACCAACCCCUCCAAAAUUAAGCCAACUCCAAUACAUAAACUAUUUUAGUCUGUGUUUAAGUAACUAAUUUGCAAAGACAACCUACUUUAUUUUACUGAGCUCAUUUUUAUGUGAGUUAUAAAUUGGAUUUCGGGGGCCCAAUGUGCUGGGUCUGGACACAGUUCCAGAUUUCAAAGACCAACACAGACCUAUGGACUGAAAUAAAACUCUUUCUAUCAUUAUUGUACAGAAACCAGAAUCAACAGUGCAAGCAGUGGAAUCAUUCCUAACAGAAGAUCAAUGCACGAGGCCCUCGAAUUUCAGAGUUUGGAAUAUCCAAAUGCAAUUACUACUUCCAUUUUUUUAGCAGCAGGCUCCUAUUUUUCUUGCUCAAAUUCAGCUAAUUCCUUUGAAACCCAGAAAUCUUCACUCUUAGUUGUGAAUGUGCAGAGGUUAAUUUAACACUUACAUUUGGUAAUUGUCCAUCUUGUUAAAAACAUGACACAGCUGCUUGAGAAGGGGUUGAUGUGAAAUUAAAGAUAGGUCACAUACUUGAAGCCACUAGUGUACUAUAUUUGGUUCUCUCUGUCUUUUUUAGAAUUUGCAUAUUCAUCGUAUGUCUUUAAAGGGAGUAAAGAGCCAGAACAGCUGUGUAUAUUUUUUGAGUUAACAUCAAGUCACAAAAUAAAGUUUUGGCAACAGAA